AUACAACAUGGAUGCCGAGGAUGUGAAAUCCAAAGCUCACCGAGAACGUAAGUCUGGUCCAAAAGCUGAAAAGAAGAAAAAACGAAACGAAAGUCGAAAUUUAGAUGGAAAGAAUAGGAAUCCAAAGGCGUUCACAUUUCAAUCGAAUGUGCGAGCUGCUCGCCAAGCGAAAAGGAAACUCGAUGUUCAAUCGAAGAAGCACCACGUUCCACUUGUUGAUAGAACUCCUUUGGAACCUCCACCAAUAGUUGUUGCCGUAAUAGGUCCUCCAAAUGUUGGAAAAAGUACUUUGAUAAAGUCUAUUUUGAAGAACUUUACACGGCAGAAUCUCACAACCAUCAAAGGCCCAAUGACCAUUGUCUCAGGAAAGAAAAGACGUCUGACAAUAAUUGAAUGUGGAAAUGACAUGAAUAUGAUGAUUGACAUUGCAAAAGUGGCAGACUUGGCAUUACUUCUUAUUGAUGCAAGUUUUGGUUUUGAGAUGGAAAUUUUCGAAUUCCUCAACAUUUGUCAAGUCCAUGGAUUUCCAAAGAUUAUGGGUGUGCUGACGCAUCUUGACCUUCUCAAAGACAACAAGUCUCUCAAGAAAACGAAGAAAAGGUUGAAGAACAGAUUUUGGACUGAAGUAUACCAGGGCGCAAAGCUGUUUUACAUUUCCGGAAUCUCCCAUGGCUACUAUCCAAAGACCGAAAUCCAUAAUUUGGGAAGAUUUAUAUCGGUUGCGAAAUUUAGACCGCUUUCGUGGCGAGCGUCACAUCCCUAUGUCCUUGUCGACAGAAUUGAGGACCUCACGGAUGCGGAAGAAUUGCGUAAAAACCCGAAAUGCGAUCGUCAUGUUUCCUUUUAUGGUUACGUUCGUGGUUCCAAUAUUAAGUCGCACUGCAAGAUUCAUUUGUUGGGAGUCGGUGAUUUUGCAGUGAAGGACAUCAGUCAACUCCCCGAUCCUUGCCCGUUGCCCGAAAAAGAGAAGAAACGAUCUUUGAAUGAAAAAGAAAAGUUAUUGUACGCCCCAAUGUGUGGAGUCGGUGGAGUGAUGUACGACAAGGAUGCGGUGUACAUUGAUCUCGGUGGAAGUCAUCAUAACAAAAGUCAAGAUGGAUUGCUGGAAGAUAAGAUGGAGCUGGGACCUGGUAACGACAUAAUUUCGUCACUUUCUGAUAUGCAACAAACCGUUGAUGCAAAAAUGGCCUCCAGUCAGAUGUCUCUUUUUAAGGAUUCGGUAUUGCUAGGACAUGGUGAAUUGGACAGUUUUGACAAGGAUGAAAAUGGUCAUGGUCGGCGACGUGCACCAAUAGAAUACGAGGAGAGGUCAUGUGAUGGGAAGGAGCCAGAUGUAGAUAUGUUAAAAAGAGUGAAUGGUGUUUUAUCGAACGUCGAAGAUGGUGAUUUAUCAAGCGUUGAUGAUGGGAAUUUAUCAGACGUCGAAGAUGGCGAUUUAAUAAAAACUGGAAAUGGUGCGGACAUUCAGGAUGGUGAUGUUUCAGAAGAUGAAGGUGGCGAUUUGAAAGAAGGCGAGAUGCUGGCGUACGAAGAGAGCGAAAGUUCUUCAGGCGAAGAAAGCGAGGGCAGUGCGCAAAAAGAUAACAAUGUCGACCUGAGCGACGUCUCUGAUGGCGUUGCAGAUUGCAAAUCGGUUGGUGUUUUAGCCAAAAGCGCUAAACCGAACAAAAAAAGAAAAAAUUCGAACUCAUUCAAUCAAUUGAGUGAUUAUUCUCGUACCACCAAACGAAAGCGACUCAUGAAGUUAAGCGAUGUUGACAUGAUCAAUAAAAGUGCUGUUGUUGAUUCCAAUCACGAUACGAUAUCACAGCAAGGGUACAAACUGAGGACAACUAACUCUAUGCAAAAAGCCCGAGAUGCUUUCGUAGGCCACCAGAACAAUACGCGCACUCUAAAAAAGCUCAUAUACAAUCCAGAUUCCAUGAACGUUCUUGUCGAAGAUGAUGGUGAUGAUUCCUCGCAUGAUGAUGUCGGCGGCAUUUUUAAACUAAAAACGAACAUCAAACGUGCGAACAAAAGAGUCUUCCACGAGUGCGAUUCCUCCAAGGCUUCUACGGAGCUUGGGAUGGAUGCAGUUGAUUUGAUUGCAGAGGUUAAGGAUUGCUUCGUCACCGGAAAGUGGAAUGAGUCAGAAGAUGCGGAGGCGUUGUUACGAAACGAGGAAGAUGACGAUGAAAUAUUUGGAGAUUUCGAAGAUCUUGAAGCGGGAGAAGUACAUCACGGCGCGGAGAACGAAAAAGCUCGGAAUGAUACACCUGAGUUCGUUGAGGAAAACGUACAACUUGAAACGGAAGAAAGAAUGGAGAAAAAGAAAAAAUUAAAGGCGGCUUUUGAUUCUGAAUAUGACGAUAAAGAAGAGAGCAGUUAUUUUGACGACCUAAAGGCGCAAAUGACGGAACAAACUAGGUUAAACCUAGAAGAGUUUGAAGGUAUGGACGACGAGACAAGAAUACAAUACGAGGGGUAUCGAGCCGGAAUGUACACGCGUAUUGAGAUCAAGAAUAUUCCAUGCGAAUUCAUCAAUAAUUUCGAUCCUGCUUAUCCUGUUGUUAUUGGUGGACUUCUUGCCAACGAAGAUAACAUCGGCUUCAUCAGAGUUCGACUCAAGAAACAUCGUUGGUAUCAGCGUAUCUUGAAAACUCGGGAUCCUCUUAUAAUGUCGAUUGGAUGGCGCAGAUUUCAAACAAUCUCGAUGUACUCUACACAAGAUCACAAUGGACGCUAUAGAUUGCUAAAAUACACACCGGAACACUUGCAUUGCAUUGCUUGCGCUUACGGACCGGUCGUCCCGCCAGCCACUGGAGUCUUGGCUGUACAGUCCGUUUCAGAUGUUUCGACACAUUUUCGAAUCGCUGCAACUGGAGUGAUCUUAGAUCUGGAUAAAUCGGUUGACAUCGUGAAGAAGUUAAAACUAACUGGUGUUCCACUUAAAGUUCACAGGAAUACUGCGUUUAUAAAGGGUAUGUUCAACUCUUCGUUAGAAGUCGCGAAAUUCGAAGGUGCCAACGUGCGUACGGUCAGCGGUAUUAGAGGCCAAGUAAAGAAAGCGAUAAAGGCGCCCGAAGGAGCAUUUCGAGCGACGUUUGAAGAUAAAAUUUUGAUGAGUGAUAUCGUCUUCAUUCGCUGUUGGUACCCAGUUUUUGUGCCCAAAUACUACAAUCCAGUGACAUCAUUACUUAUGUCCGACAUGAGCUGGAAAGGAAUGCGUACAGUCUCGGAAAUACGCCGGGAUAGCGGUCUGGAAAUUCCUGUCAAUAAGGAUUCCUUGUAUAAGCCGAUCGAGAGAAUGCAGAAACGGUUCGCACCAUUGGUGAUACCAAAGACUCUCCAAAAAGAAUUGCCUUUCAAGUCGAAGCCAAAAUUACAAACGAAGCGGAGUAAACAAACUCUGGAAAGCAGAAGAGCCGUUGUUUUGGAACCAGACGAGAAACGAGCGUACACUUUGAUGCAGCAACUGUACACAGCCAACAAGGAAAAACUUCGCAAGCGUAAAGAGAAAAUGACGAAAAAGAAAGCAGUUUACACGAAGAAGAAAAUGAACGAGGAAAACAAGAGAAGUGCACGACUCAAAGAGAACAGAAAAAAAGUCUUCCGUAUGCUCGGUCGAGCCGAGAAAAGAAAGCAAAGGGCCAAAACGUAAAUACCCGUCCAGCAAGCUGUGAAAGGAGAGGCAGAAAUCUUGUUCAAGCAAGCAUAGAAAGCGUAAGAAAGAGGAUUUGCUUACGCCAGAACUCCUUGUGUCCCUCUUUUCCGAUCCAUUAUUGAUCGCUCAACAAGCAAUCUAUUUUGCAAACAUUUGUUUAGUUCAUUUCGACACGAUUAUUUGAGAGCGCGCAAAGUGCGGAGUGCGUCAACCUUUCAAAAAUUUAAAAAUUUUGGUUUUGGAACUUCAUCAUACAGAUUAUACAAUGUGAAUAAUAUGUUUGGAAGAGUAUGAAGCCCUAACAACA